AAAGAGGAAAAUUUCAGGCCCAACAUGCCUGGUUACCCUCAUUGUCAGAAAGAGGUAAUUUUUGUGGAUGGCUGGAGGUGACCUAGAUAUGUAUAUCCAUUUCACAUGAAUUCUUGGUGUAGCUCCUGGUAUGUCUGCCUCUUCCACACAGGACCCUGGCUCCAAGUGUGCAAUCCCUAACUGCACAGUGUUGGGAUAUGUGCCCUAAGUAUAAGCGUUCAUAUCACGAGGGUAGCACCAACAUUAGUAUGACUGGUGCUCAAGGACGGGGUGAUGCUGAGUAAUCUCUGCUGCCUAACUCUGAUUUUAUCCAUCCACUCAGUAAACACCCUGCAUGCUAAUGUUGUGGAAUCACUGCAGCACUGCCAGAAAUGAUGAAAACUAAGAGGUUCAUUGGCACUGCUUCUCCCGACUUCUCCAUUUCAGCUCCAAAUGAGUAGUUUGUUUUUUUUUCUUCCCAAUGACACAGACCAGGGAUGAUCCAUCUCUUAAGCAGAAAAAUAUCCUUCUGUCUCCUGUAUGAAACUAGCCUUAAUGGUAUCAAUUAAAAUGAAGGAGGGGGAAAGUGAAAUUAAGUCAUAGGGAUUGUGCAAUGUCUCUGGAAGAGGCAGAAUCACGUUUUACACAGAGGGCAUAAGCACUGUUGCAUGGUUAGCGUGGUUGGAGCUCGAAAGUGGCAGACCGUCUUGCCAGCUCCUUUGAAUAUUUCUGUCCUGCUGCUGUUAUGUAAGAGCUGCUGCCCCAGUUUGCUUGUGCAGCUCUCUGCCUUAUGCGUGAUGAUGCUCCGGAGUCUACGCCAAAGGUAAUGCCCUACAGCACGCUCUAUAUUGCAGCAAUAAUAAUAAUAGUAAUAGAACUAGUAAUAGUAACUAGCAGCUACAGCUCGAUGCAGUCGGUCUCAGAAGUAUUUCGGCCACUCGCCAGAACGCACUUCGGGGGUGUCGAGCCUCGGGGCUCAGGCCGGUGUCUCAUCCCCGACUCCCCGGCACGGCGGUCAGCGCAGCCGCCCCCGCACAAGCUGCCCCGGCUUUGCUGCUGCUGCUGCAGCCCCGGCGGGGCGGGGCGCGGCCCCCCCGCCGUGCGCGCAAGGACAGCGGGCACCGGGGCACCGGCGGAGCCCGCCGGCGGCGGCGGCCGCGCACUGCCAAGCGCCGCAAGGGUACGGCACACGCAUCCCCGGCACACGCAUCCCCGGCACACGCAUCCUCAGCACACUCACCCCACUCACGCAUCCCGCACACGCACCCGCGCUCCCGCCCUCUCCCCACCCCCGCACCUGCUUCCUCGCCGCGGGCCGGCGGGGCGGGGCGGCGCGGCGUGUUGUGCUCGGUAACCAGGCAGCUGCGCCGGGCGCAGCGAGGCGCGGGCAGCGCGGAGCGGCGGGCAGAGGCAUUGAGGUUGUUUACCAUUGCUUUGCCCCGGCCCUAUGGGGGCCAGCGUUGGACUGGAGGUGUCUGACUGCCCCAGGGAUGCUCUGCCACGGCUGCUCUGAGGGUUGGAUGCUAAAAGGAAGCCAUCCACGAUCCUCGUCUCACUGAUCUCCACAGCUUGGAGGGAGAAUUCUGUCGGGAAGCGGACUCACUCCAAAGAGAUCAUGGCUUCGUCCCGACUAGCGGCAAGAUCUAGAGACAUUGCCAAUGUCAUGCAACGCCUUCAAGAUGAGCAAGAGUCAGUGCAGAAAAGGACUUUCACAAAAUGGAUCAAUACUCAUCUGGCUAAGCGCAAUCCUCCCAUGCUGGUGAAUGACCUGUUUGAAGAUAUCAAAGAUGGGGUAAUGCUAAUUGCCCUUUUGGAGGUUCUUUCAGGGCAGAAGCUGCCUUGUGAGCAGGGACGUCAGCUGAAGAGAAUUCACUGGGUUGCCAACAUUGGCACAGCUCUGAAGUUUCUAGAAGGUAGACGGAUUAAGCUUGUCAACAUAAACUCAACUGAUAUUGCUGAUGGCAGGCCUUCUAUUGUGCUUGGCUUGGUGUGGACCAUAAUUUUAUAUUUUCAGAUUGAAGAGCUUACAAGCAACCUCCCACAGCUGCAGCCCUUGUCUAGCAGUGCUUCUUCUGUGGAGAGUGUUGUCAGUUCAGAAACUGCAAGUCCCCCAAGCAAACGGAAGGUGGUAACCAAGGUCCAAGGAAGCGCCAGGAAGGCUUUGUUAAAAUGGUUACAGUACACAGCAGCAAAGCAAGUUGGAAUUGAAAUCAAAGAUUUUGGACAAAGUUGGAGGAGUGGUGUUGCAUUUCAUUCUGUUAUUCAUGCCAUCCGCCCAGAUUUAGUGGACAUGGAGAAAGUGAGGGGAAGGUCAAAUAGAGAAAACCUGGAAGAAGCCUUCACAAUUGCAGAAGUAGAGCUCGGAAUCCCAAGGCUUCUUGACCCAGAAGAUGUGGAUGUUGAAAAGCCAGAUGAAAAGUCUGUCAUGACCUAUGUAGCCCAGUUUUUGAAGUACUAUCCUGAUCCUCAUCAUACAGUGACUGAUGUGCCAGAGAAUGAUAAGGAAGACAGACUGGUGCUAAGAGACCUAAAAGUGUGGGCAGAACAAUUUGAAAGAGACAUAGCCCGAGCACAGGUGGCAGAAACAAGCUUACAAGAGAAAUAUCAGUCAUUUAAACAUUUCAGAGUACAAUAUGAGGUAAAAAGGAAACAGUUUGAACUUGCAACGCAGUCAGUAAGGAAAGAUGGUAAAUUAUCACUUGACCAAGCUGUGGUGAAGCAAGCGUGGGAGAGAGUUACUUCCAGGAUGCUUGAUUGGCACAUACACCUUGAUAAAUCCCUUCCUGCACCUUUGGGUACCAUAGGGGCUUGGCUCUACAGGGCAGAGGCCGCCCUGAGGGAAGAAGUAACUAUUCAGCAAGCUCAUGAGGAAACAGCAAACACAAUACACAGGAAGCUUGAACAGCAUAAGGAUCUGCUGAAAAACAUAGAUGGUCACAAAAAGGCAUUCCAUGAGAUCCACAGGACCAGGUCUGUUAAUGGCGUGCCUGUUCCACAUGACCAGUUAGAGGAUAUGGCAGACAGGUUUAAUUUUGUUGUCUCUUCAUCUGAGCUCCAUCUGUUGAAGAUGGAGUUUCUGGAACUGAAGUACCGUCUGCUGUCACUCUUAGUCUUUGCAGAAUCAAAGUUAAAAUCCUGGAUUAUCAAAUACGGAAGGCGAGAAUCCGUGGAACUGCUUCUUCAAAAUUAUGUUUCUGUUAUUGAAAAUAGCAAGUUCUUUGAGCAGUAUGAAGUUACCUACCAGAUCUUGAAACGAGCAGCUGAAAUGUAUGCCAAAGCAAAUGGCUCAGUGGAAGAAGUUGAGAAUGUGAUGAAAUUCAUGAGUGAUACCACAGCUCAGUGGAGGAACCUCUCAGUAGAGGUGAGAAGUGUAAGAAGCAUGCUGGAAGAAGUAAUUGCUAAUUGGGACAGAUACAGCAGCACUGUGGCAGGUCUACAAGCUUGGCUUGAAGAUGCUGAAAAAAUGCUGAAUCAGCCUGAACAUUCCAAAAAGGAGUUCUUCCGGCACUUGCCUCAUUGGAUCCAGCAGCACACAGCCAUGAAUGAUGCUGGAAAUUUUCUAAUUGAAACAUGUGAUGAGACCAUUUCCAGAGAUCUAAAACAGCAGCUUCUGUUGCUAAAUGGAAGAUGGAGAGAAUUAUUUAUGCAAGUUAAGCAGUAUGCUCGAGCAGAUGAACUGGACAAAAUGAGGAAGGAGUAUGUGGAUGGUGUGGCCCAUUUGACAGCUUUUAUUGAUGGAAGCAAUAAGAAAUUUUCAACCCCUGUAGAAGUGUCCUUUCAUGAUGUCAAAAUGUUUGUGCAAGAUUUAGAAAAUAUUAAGCAGAAAUUGCCUGCGAUGGAAGCUCAGUACAAGGCGGUUACAAGGACGGUGCAACUUGUUACAAAAGAAGUUUCCCAAGAGGAAGCGAAUGAAAUGCUUGGAACUUCCACACGGCUCAAAGAGCAACUGGGCAAGGUUAAGGAGUAUUCCAGUGCCCUGGUGUAUGAGUGCCAACGUCUGCUGUCUCCACUGGAAGAACUGGAGAAACAAAUCACACAUUUUUAUGAAUCUCUUGAAAAAGUAAAUGAAAUAAUUUCUAUCCUGGAUCCUGAAGCACAGCCAACAACUGUUCUUAAACAAAAAGCCCAAGAUUUGGUAGCUUAUCAAGAAAACUGCAAGAAAGAUGUGUCCCUAAUUGAGAGAAAUAGUCAGAGUAUCCUUCAGUGUAUGGCUUCAACUGAAGUGUUAAAGCAUUUCCACCAGUCAACAUUUCAGAAGAAAAUUACACAAGUUCAGCUUACUUUUCAGAAUAUGGUCAGGAAAGCUGGUGAGUGGAGAAAAAACAUAGAAGCAAAUAGCCGUUUGAUGAAGAAAUUUGAGGAGUCUAGAGCAGAACUGGAGAAAGUAAUACAGAUUGCCAAUUGUUGCUUAAAAGAAAAAGGAAAUCCUGAAGAACUUCUCAGGAAACAUAGCGAAUUUUUUAACCAGCUGGAUCAGAGAGUCCUAAAUGCCUUUCUGAAAGCGUGUGAUGAACUUACUGACAUCCUCCCGGAACAAGAGCAGCACAGCCUGCAGGAAGCUGUGAGGAAACUCCAUAGGCAGUGGAAGGAUCUUCAAACAGAAGCCCCAUAUCAUUUGAUCCACUUGAAAAUUGAAGUACAGAAAAGCAAGUUCCUGGUGACAGUGGAGGAGUGCAAAGCUGAACUAGCUCGACAGAACAAGGUGUUAUCAAGAGAAGGCAAUGAAAGAAUGAUCAAGGAACACACGCUCUUCUUUGGUGAUAAGGGAUCUUACCACCUGUGUGAGAAAAGGCUACAAAGGAUUGAAGAACUGUGCCAAAAACUGCCAGUUUCGGAUCCAGUGAGGGGUACAUUGGAAAGCAGCCAGCGAAUCCUGAAGGAUCUGAAAUCCCAGAUAGACAGCACAUACGUGAAGCUAACAGAGCACUCGGACACCUGGAAGGGCUAUAAGAGCAGGUUUUCUGAAUUGGCAAGUUGGAUUUCAUCAACAGAAAGAGAGCUGAAGAAGAUAAAGGAAAAUGUCAAUGAUACUGCCAAAUACAAGCAGUGUAAAGCAUCUGUGGGGGAAAUUAAGAAGCAUAUUCACAAGCAUGGAGAAACUCACAGCUGGCUGAAAUCUAGACUUGCUGUUUUGACCUCACGAUGUCCUGAUUUGGAGGCCAAAGAGACAGAGGAUGAGCUUUUUAAACUUUCCAGUGACUUCAAGAGACUUCUAGAUUUGCUGGCUGAGAUUGAAAAUACCUUAGGUGCUGUUGGAGACUGUGUCCAGUACAAAGAAGAAGUUAAAAGCGCAAUUGAAGAGUUAAUCAACAACUCUAAAGAAGUCCAAGCAGAGGCUGAAAAGAUCCUGGAUACAGAAAGUUUAUUACAAGCUCAGCAACUACUGCUUCAUUAUCAGCAAAGGACAAGGAGACUCCGUGCAAAAAGGCAAGAUGUGCAAAAGCAGAUUUCCCAAGCCAAGCGGUUGCAGAUUGAAGGUGGAUUGCCCAGCACAGUACGAGAGGAUCUACAAAAAUUAGAGGGAACGUUGGAGAACAUGCAGCAGACCAUGGAGAAACGGGAAGAGCAACUGCAGGUCACAAUAAAUAAAUGGGAGCAGUUCGAAAGAGACAAAGAAACAGUAGUAAAAUAUCUCAAUCAAGCAAGCUCUGUACUUGAACGUAUCUUAAACUUUAGCAGUUUAGAGAGCCUCUCCUCAGAGCUGGAUCAGACAAAGGAACUUUCUAAACAAACUGAAGCAAUGGCAGUACAGGCUGAGAAUUUGGUGAAGAAUUCCUCUGAGAUACAGCUUGGUUCAAAGAACAAGCAGUCCCUUCAGCAUCAGGCAAAAUCAAUCCAAGAACAAGUGAAAAAAGUGGAAGUUACUCUUGAAGAAGAUAUUAAAAGCAUGGAAAUGGUGAAAAACAAGUGGGAUCAUUUUGGCAAUAGUUUUGAAGCUCUGUCCAUCUGGAUAGCUGAACAAGAAAAAGAACUGGAAACUUUGGAAGCCUCAUCAUCUCCUUUGGACAUACAGAUCACCCAAAUCAAGGUUAUUAAUAAAGAGAUAGAUGGUAAAAUAACUGGAAUAUCAAAUCUAGAAGAGGAAGCCAAGUCUUUUUCCCAGUUUGUUACUUCUGGAGAACGAGCACAUAUUAAAGCCAAACUGACUCAGGUCAAAAGGUAUUGGGAAGAACUAAGAGAUCAUGCACAGAGACUGGAAGGAACAAUCACAGGGAAUGCAUCAGCACAGCAGAAAUAUGAAGAAAGUCUUAAACAGGUGCAGCAGUCAGUGUCUGAAUUAGAAGCUAAGCUAGCUGAGCCUCUCACGUCGUGCUCCUCGGCAGCAGCAACGUACGCGGCCCUUCAGGAGUGCACGGACCUUUGUCAUACUGUGGAAAAACUGAGCAACCCUUUGGCCUCUCUCUCAGCUGGUGUCCGAAAGGUGGCCAGCAAAGAAAAAGCUGCUCAAGAGGUCACAGCGUUACAGCAGAAAUACGAAAAAGUGCUGGAAAGUGCUAAGGAGAAACAGAGCUUAUUAGAGAAUCUUCUGGCUCAGUGGCAGAAGCAGGAGAAGGAGCUGUCUGCCUUCCUGGCCUGGUUGGAGGGGUGUGAAGCUACAGGCAGGCCUUCAGAGCAGUAUGUUUCUGCUGACAGAAUUAAGCUGGAAGGUGAACUGCAGGCACUGCAGGAUUUGCGAGCAGACAUUGUGUCCCAUACUUCAGUCUAUGAGAGCCUUUUACAGUUAAAUGAGUCGCUAUUUCCAACAGCUUCACAGCAGUGUGUGAAAACAAUAAAAGAAAAAUUUGAAGACCUGGAUGAAAGGUGGAAAGCUUUACCACAAACUGUUGAUAAAAGGAUCAACUUCCUUCAAUCACUUGUUGCUGAGCAUGGGCAGUUUGAUGAGCUCCUGCUCAGGUUUUCAGACUGGAUUAAGCAAUUUCUUGCUGAACUACAAGCCACUUCAGAGAUAAACACAGCUGAUCAACAACUAGCUGCAUCUCACAAUAAGAACCACUCAAUGGAAGUGGAAAGUAAGAAACAGGAGUUGCAAAGUCUGAAGGAGCAUGUAGAAAAAUUGUGUUCUUUCAGCAGCCCAGAGGACCAGCAGACAUUGCAAGGAAAGACUGAAGAUUGCUUUCAGAUCUUCCAGGAGGCAAGCCAAAUAACCAGCCAAAGACAGGACGCCCUGGAUCAGUUGCGACAAUUCCUGGAGCUCCAGAGUGCUGCCUCAGGAGUGCUCCACCAGCUGAGGCAGACAGUGGAGAAAACAGGAAAUAUGGAUAAGGCUAAAUCUGAAUUACUGGAGAGGGAACUCAAUGGUGUUAUUAAGGAUCUUAACAAGUUGGAAUCUGAUGCUGUCUGUUUGGAUGGUUCCCUUACUAAGGCUCAGUAUCAUCUGAAACACAGCAUUUCUGGGCAGAGGACCUCCUGCAGGGCUAUAGUGGAUAACCUGGCUGUGGAACUGGAGGCAGUUCAAAACCUGCUGGGAACCAAACAGAGUGAGGCAGAAGCUCUUGGAGCCUUGCAAAGAUCUUUCAUGGAGCGUAAAGAACAGUUACUGAAGAGCAUUGAAGAUACUGAGGAAAAGGCUGACAAGGAGGGCCUGAAGGAGACAACACUACAAGCCCUCCAGCAAAGAUUGAGGAUCUUUAACCAGUUAGAUGAAGAACUGAAUUCUCACCAGCAUGAACUCCAGUGGCUCAUGGACAAAGCGAAACAAAUAGCCCAAAAAGAUAUCACACUUGCUCCUGUGAGUGACAAAGAGAUAAAUCGCUUAGAAUCUCUGUGGAAGGAUACCAAGAAAGCUAUACAUGAAAAAAAGGAGCAGUCCUGUGUUCUGAUUGAUCUGAUGAAGGAAUAUCAGAGCCUGAAGUCAACAGUAAUGAAAGUCAUAGACAGUGCUAACAGUGCUUCUGUGUCCACAUCCAUAUGGAAGGACCAUGAAGAUGUCAGAAGAACAUUAGCCAAGCAUGAAGCUGCCAAGAAUGAUCUGAGUGAUAAACAAAAAGACCUGGAUACUUUCACUAAGACAGGAAAUCAUUUGUUAGCAGAGCUGAAAAGAGUGCAUAACUGCGACUCCACUGCGCUGAAAACAGAUAUGAACUCCAUGGUGGACAAGUGGCUAGAUGUAUCUGAAAGAAUCGAUGAUAACAUCGACCGACUAAGUGUAAGCGUGUCUCUAUGGGAUGACAUCCUGAAAACUGGAGAUGAAUUAGAUGGAUGGUGUAACAAGUGCAUUUCUCAACUGAAUGAAGGCAUCAACAACUUCAGUAACAGUCAGAGAAUGGAGGUCCUCCUGAAAGAUUUCCAGUCUGAAGUCAAGAAUAAAGAGCUGAAGUUGGAGCAACUGAGUUCCAAAAUUUCAGAACUCAAAGAACUGACCCAUAGUCAAGAGCCUCCUGCAGAUCUCCAGUUUAUAGAAUCAGAUUUGAGGCAGAAGUUGGAACACGCCAAAGAAAUAUCAGAGACGGCAAAAGAGACACUGAAAGAUUUCAGCACUCAGAAGAUGCAGUUACAGAAGCUGAUUGGUCAGAUGACAGACUGGCUAACUCAAGUGGAGGAGACACUGUUAAGCUGUGCACGUAACCUGGAUCCUGAAGCUCUAAAUAAACUAAAGGAAACACAAAAGGACCUUCAGCUUCGGCAGAGCAGCAUUGACUCCACACGGGAGACCCUCAAUAGCCUCUGUCGCAAAUACCAUUCGGUGGAGCUGGAGGCACUCGGUGGCACCCUCUCUCUGUUAAUAAAGAAGUAUGAAGCUGUGAAUCUGCUCUGUUCCAGAACACAGGCCAGGAUGCAGGACUCCUUGGAAAAACAUUUCCUCUACUCUAUGCAAGAAUUCCAGGAAUGGUUUUCUGGUGUGAAGGCUGCAGUAAAAGAAUCAUCUGACAGGUCUGGGGACAGCAAAGCCAUAGAGGCAAAGCUACAUGACUUGCAGGGUGUGCUGGAUUCCAUUAGUGAAGGACAGAACAAAUUGGAUGUUGCCUGCAAGGAAGGAGAAAGUUUGUAUGGUUGUUUACCCAAACCAGUUGUGAGCCAUAUCCAAGAGCAAAUAGCAAAGUCUAACCAGAACUUUCAGGAAUUCCUCAGCCAGUGUCUGAAUGACAAGAAGGCCCUGGAAGAUUGUGCAUCACACCUGGGAAGCUUUGAAGAUCAGUACAAGAAGCUUGCCCUGUGGAUGCAUGACAUGGAAGAAAGAAUAAGCACAGAAGCAUUAGGAGAGAACAAACAGCUUGUUUCUGAGAAGAAAAAGGAGGUGCAAAAAGUGGAGAAGUUCCUGGAAGAGUUGCUGAAUUCAAGGGACUCUUUUGAUCAGCUCUCCCAAAUGGCACAGACUUUAAAUGAAGAAGGCCAUGAUGCAGGGAGAGAGGUGCGUCUGGCUUCUCAACAUCUCACUAAUUAUCAGAACAUGGUGAAAAGUGUCAAGGAGAAGCUGAGGACAUGUCAGCUUGCAUUCCAAGAGCAUCUCACUUUUGAGGAGGCAUUGCAGAGUAUGUGGUCAUGGGUGAAAGAGGUUAAAGAUAAACUGGCAUCAUCACAGAGUAUUCUUGGGAGCAAAGACACCCUGGAAAGACGACUGACACAAAUUCAGGAGAUCCUCUUACUCAAAGGUGACGGUGAGGUUAAGCUGAACAUGGCCAUUGGCAAAGGAGAACAAGCACUUAAAAGCAGCAAUGAGGAAGGACAAAAAGUGAUACAAACCGAGCUUCAGACGCUGAAGGAUGUGUGGAACGAUAUCAUCGGUACCUCAGUGAAUUGGCAGAGCUGCCUAGAUUCUGCCAUUAGCCAGUGGAAUGACUAUCUGGAAAGGAAAAACCAGCUGGAACAGUGGUUAGAGAAUUUAGAUCACAAAGUGGAGCAGCCUUUAGAACCACAAAUUGGUCUGAAGGAGAAGUUUGCUCAGCUGGACCAUUUCCAGGCUAUUGUUUCUGAGAUAGAGGAUCACUCGGGCGAUUUACAGCAACUCAUUGAAAAAGCUGUGGAACUAUAUGAAAAAACAGGGGAUGAUUCCUUUGGAGAUGAAGCUCAAGAAGAACUAAAAACACAAUUUAAUGACAUCGCAACUGUAGCCAAGGAGAAAAUGAGGAAAGUGGAAGAUAUUGUGAAAGAUCAUUUGCUUUAUCUGGAUGCUGUGCAUGAAUUCACAGACUGGCUUCAUUCUGCAAAGGAAGAGCUUCACCGCUGGUCAGAUGCAUCUGGAGAUACACCAACUAUAGAGAAAAAGCUGGCCAAAAUCAAUGAGCUGGUGGAGUCGCGGCAGAGCGGCGCGGGCCGGCUGGGCCGGGUGGAGGCGCUGGCCGGGGCGGCCCGCCGCGGCACGACGGCGGGCGGCUGCCAGCUGCUGGCGGCAGAGAUGCAGGCGCUGCGGGCGGACUGGCGGCAGUGGGAGGAGAGCGCCCGCCGCAGCCAGGGCGGCCUGCGGGACCUGCUCAGCCAGAUGGCCCUGUCGGAGCGGGAGUUCGCGGCGCAGGCCGGGCGGCUGGAGGAGGCUGUGCGGGACCUCGGAGCGCAGCUGGCCGCCUGGGCGCAGGGGCUGGCCCCCGCCGACAGCCGCAGCACGGACGCCGAGGUGGUGGAGAGCUGGCGCAAGGAGAAAGAAACAUUGGAUGCUCUAUUAAAGUCUGAACAAAUGACAGAUGAGAUCAAAACUCAGCUGAAUGAUCUUUGUAGAUUUUCCAGGGAUUUAAGUACUCAUUCUUCAAAAGUUUCAGGGUUGAUUAAGGAAUAUAACAGCCUCUGCCUGCAAGCUUCAAAAGGAUGUCAGAGCAAAGAGCAGAUCUUGCAGCAAAGGUUUCGGACGGCUUUCAGGGAUUUUCAGCAGUGGCUGGUCAAUGCAAGAGUCACCACUGCCAAAUGCUUUGACGUGCCUCAAAACAUCAGUGAAGCUUCAGCAAGUCUGCAGAAAAUAGAGGAAUUCUUAGCAGAAAGUGAGAAUGGCCAACAGAAGCUAAACCUGGUGGCAUCCAAAGGAGAACUACUGUGCUCCAUUUUACCAAAGGAAAAGGCUAAAGUUAUCCAGGACAAAUCUGCUGCUGCUAAAGAAGAUUGGAAAAAUUUUAUCACAACACUCCACCAGAAGAAAUCUGCAUUGGAGAACCUAAAGAUCCAGAUGAAGGACUUCGAAGCAACUGCUGAGCCUCUGCAGGAGUGGCUGAGCACAACUGAGAAGACAGUACAAGGCAGUAGCAGUCGGCUCCAUGAUCUUCCUUCCAAGAGGAGAGAACAGCAAAAGCUGCAGUCUGUCCUUGAGGAAAUAAGCUGCCACGAGCAUCAGCUCAACAGGCUAAAAGAGAAAGCUCAGCAGCUGUGGGAAGAACAAGCUGUCAGCAAAAGCUUUAUGCGCAGAGUGUCUCAGUUGUCUUCUCAGUAUCUUACUCUAAGCAAUCUGACAAAGGAGAAAGUUUCCAGGAUGGAUAGGAUUGUAGCAGAGCACCAGCAGUUCUCACAGAGUGUCAAGGACCUCGAGGACUGGGUUGCUGAUGCAGUUCACAUGCUGGAUUCCUACUGCCACCCUACUGCAGACAAGAGUGUUCUGGACAGCCGGAUGUUAAAACUAGAGGGCCUGCUAGCAGUGAAACAAGAAAAAGAAGUCCAGAUGAAAAUUGUUCUGGCAAGAGGAGAAUCUGUUCUGCAAAAUACUUCUCUGGAGGGAGUACCAGUGAUUGAAGGCCAGUUGCAAAAUCUGAAGGACAGCUGGGCUUCUCUUCUGUCUGCUUGUAUCCAGUGCAAGAGUCAACUGGAAGGAGCUCUCUCCAAAUGGACAAGUUACCAGGAAGAUGUUAAUCAGUUUUCCAGAUGGAUGGAAAAAGUAGAAGCAAGUAUGAGUGCUUCUGAAAGGCAAUAUGCUGAACUGAGGGAAAAAACAGCUGCCCUCAGCAAAGCAAAGCUACUUGAUGAAGAGGUGUUGAGCCAUAACAGCCUGUUGGAGACUAUUGAAGUGAAAGGAAAGGGGAUGGCUGAGCAUUACAUUGCUCAGCUUGAGCUGCAAGACCUUCAGGAGAGGUAUAAGUUCCUCAAAGAAAGAACAAAGGAGGCUGUAACAAAAGCUGAAGGACUGCUUACCUUACACCAAGAAUACCAAAGAAAUCUGAAGGCCUUUGAAGUAUGGCUGGAGAAUGAGCAGGAAAAACUUGACUGUUUAUCACAUCUUGAUGGUGAUGCCCAGGAACAGGAGGCAACACUCCGAGAUUUACAGGAGCUGCAGGUACACUGUGCAGAGGGACAAGCAUUAUUGAAUGCUGCUGUCCAUGCCAGAGAGGAGGUGAUUCCCUGGGGUAUUCCCCAGGUAGAAGACAGAGCCCUGGAAUCCUUACGGCAGGAUUGGCAAGUUUAUCAGCACCGGCUUUCUGAAGCAAGAAGCCAAUUAAAUGCCACUGUGAGCAAACUGAGGUUAAUGGAGAAGAAAUUUGAGAAGGUUAAUGACUGGUUAACAAACCUGGAGGAGAAAGUUGCUAUCAGGACUGGGAGGAGGUCUGGUAGAGCAACAAAGGAAAUGCAGCUUCAACAAAUGAAGAAGUGGCAUGAAGACAUUACAAUCUACAAAGAUGAUGUAGAGGAAGUUGGGGUAUUGGCUCAGCAAAUACUAGAGGAAAAUCUCACUGCAAGUAGAAUGGGAAGCCAGGCUACACAGCUUACAUCUCGCUACCAAACUCUUCUUCUUCAUGUCUUGGAGCAAGUGAAGUUUCUGGAAGAAGAAAUACGCUGUAUGGAGGAGUCAGAAUUGUCUUUUAGUGCUUACACAAAUUGGUAUGGAGCUACUAACAAGAACUUCAAAAAUGUGAUCACCAAAUUUGACGUGGUUGAUAAAACAGUAAUGGAGAAAAAAGUGCAGAAAUUAGAGGUGCUAUUGAGUGAUAUGGACAUAGGCCACAGUUUACUGAAAUCAGCCCGUGAGAAGGGGGAGAGAGCUAUAAAAUACAUGGAAGAAAAUGAAGUUGACCAGUUAAGAAAAGAAAUUGGAGAUCAUGUGGAACAGCUUGAAGAGCUGGCUGGCUCCAUCAGAAAAGAGCACAUGACUUCAGAGAAGUGUCUUCAGCUGGUAAAGGAGUUCUCAGACAAGUAUAAGGCCCAAACUCAGUGGGUCAUGGAGUACCAAGCCAUCUUGCAUGCUCCUGUGGAGCCAAAGAGUGAACUCUAUGAGAAGAAGGCCCAAUUGUCCAAAUACAAGUCCAUACAACAGACUGUUCUGUCUCAUGAGCCCUCAAUAAAGUCAGUGGUUGAGAAGGGAGAGGCACUUUGUGAUCUGGUGAAUGAUGUGACUCUAAAGAACAACAUUCAAGACCUUCAGAGCAGUUACCAGGAACUCUGCACCAAAACAAAGGCAUACGUCGAAACCUUAGAGGUGAGAGUAAAAGAACAUGAGGAUUACAAUAGUGAUUUGCAAGAAGGGGAGAAAUGGUUAUUACAUAUGUCCAGCAGAUUGGCCAGCCCUGACCUCAUGGAAAGCAACAAUCUUGAAAUAAUCACUCAGCAGCUAGCUAACCACAAGGCUAUCAUGGAAGAAAUUGCAGGAUUUGAAGAUCGUUUGAACAACCUUAAGAGUAAAGGUGAUUACCUGAUCAGUCAAUGCUCAGAACAUCUUCAAGCAAAAUUUAAGCAAAAUAUACAAAGCCAUCUUCAGGGGACAAGGGACAGCUAUUCCGCCAUAUGUAGCACAGCCCAAAGAGUGUACCAGACUUUGGAACAUGAGCUCCAGAAGCAUGUUAAUCAUCAGGAUACUCUCCAACAGUGCCAGACUUGGCUGUCUACAGUGCAGUCAGAGCUAAAGCCAACUACUUGGACAUCUUUCAGCCUGGCAGAUGCAGUUAAACAGGUUAAACAUUUCCGAGCUCUGCAGGAGCAGGCCAAUACAUACCUGGAUCUUCUGUGCUCUAUGUGUGAUCUGUCAGAUGCCACAGUGAAGAGUGCAGCAGCAGAUAUUCAACAAACAAAACAAACGAUUGAGCAACAGAUAAUGCACUCACAGUAUUUGUCUCAAGGUUGGGAAGAGAUCAAACAGUUGAAGGCUGAGCUCUGGAUAUAUUUCCAGGAUGCAGAUCAACAACUACAGAAUUUAAAAAGGAGACGGGCAGAGUUGGAGCUAAAUAUUGCCCAGAAUAUGGUUCUGCAGGUAAAGGAAUUCAGUCAGAAGUUGCAGUCUAAGCAGUCAGCUCUCACCUCUGUGACUGAGAAGAUGAACAAACUAACCCAAGGACAGGAAUCACCUGAACACAAGGAAAUAGGAGAACUGAGCAACCAGUGGCUGGACCUCUGCCUUCAGGCACAUAGUUUGCUCAUGCAGAGGGAGGAGGAUCUGCAGAGGACAAAGGAUUACCAUGAUCGCAUGAAUGUUGUUGAAGUUUUCCUGGAAAAGCUCACAAAAGAGUGGGACAACCUGGCUAGAUCUGAUGCUGAAAGUACAAAUGUGCACCUUGAAGCUUUGCAAAAACUGGCAAUUGCACUACAGGAAAAGAGAUUUGCUCUGGAGGAUUUGAAAGAUCAGAAGCAGAAGAUGAUAGAACAUUUAAAUCUUGAUGACAAAGAAUUAGUAAAGGAGCAAUUCAGUCAUUUUGAACAGCGCUGGACUCAGCUGGAGGACCUUGUCAAACGGAAAAUUCAAAUUUCUGUUUCAACCUUAGAAGAGCUCAGCUUGGUGCAUUCCAGAUUUCAGGAACUAAUGGAAUGGGCAGAGGAACAGCAGCCUAGUGUCUCAGAGGCUCUUAAACAGAGCCCUCCUCCAGAUAUGGCUCAGAGUCUUCUCAUGGACCAUCUCACCAUUUGCAGUGAGCUUGAAGCCAAACAGCUUGUUCUGAAGAUGCUUGUGAAGGAUGCUGACAGGGUGAUGACCAACCUAGGGCUCAAUGAAAGGCAAGAACUGCAGAAAACAGUGUCUGAUGCACAGCACCACGUGGCUUGUCUCAGCGAUCUGGUUGGCCAGAGGAGAAAACACCUGAAUAAAGCCCUGUCUGAAAAAACACAGUUUCUCAUGGCAGUCUUUCAGGCUACAAACCAAAUUCACCAGCAUGAGAAGAAGGUGAUGUUUCCAGAACAUAUUUGUCUCUUGCCAGAAGAUGUGAAUAAACAGAUCAGGUCUUGUAAGAAUACCCAGGCUAAUCUGAAGGCCUAUCAAAAUGAGGUCACAGGGCUGUGGGCUCAAGGACGGGAUUUAAUGAAAGAAGCAACAAAUCAAGAAAAGAGUGAGGUGUUAGGUAAACUGCAAGAACUACAGAAUGUGUAUGACACUGUUUUACAAAAGUGUAACCAGAGAUUGUUAGAACUGGAGAAAAAUCUUGUUUCCAGGAAAUAUUUCAAAGAAGAUUUGGAUAAAGCUUGCCAUUGGCUAAAACAAGCUGAUAUUGUCACAUUCCCAGAAGUCAAUGUAAUGAAUUCUAACACUGAGUUAUACAGCCAGUUGGCAAAAUAUCAACAGAUUCUUGAGCAAUCUCCAGAAUAUGAAAAUCUGCUGCUUACACUGCAAAGGGAUGGCCAAGAAGUCCUACCAUCGCUUAAUGAAGUGGAUCAUUCUUAUCUAGAUGAAAAACUUAAUAGUCUCCCUCAGCAAUUCAAUAUUGUCACUGCUCUGGCAAAAGAAAAAUUAUAUAAGGUUCAGGAAGCAAUUUAUGCCAGAAAAGAGUAUGCCUCUUUGAUUGAGUUGACAAGUAAAGCCCUGACCGAGCUAGAAGACCAGUUUAUUAACACGGACAAAGCUCCAGCUGCUGUUUCAGCCAAAGAAGCUGUGUCACUCCAGCAAGCCUACAGAGAUCUCUUAGGUGAAGCCAUGAGCCUUGGUGCAGCAGUGGAUGAACUGAACCAGAAGAAGGAGGCUUUUCGAAGCACUGGCCAGCCCUGGCAGCCAGAUGAGAUGUUAAAACUUGCCACACUGUAUCACAGGUUGAAGAGGCAAAUAGAACAGAAAAUCAACCUGUUGGAAGACACAAUAGAAGCAUGCCAGGAGCACGAGAAGAUGUGUAUGCAGUUUGAGGCACAGCUAGAGACAGUGAAAAAGGAGCAGGUUAAGGUGAAUGAAGAAACUCUCCCAAUAGAAGAAAAGUUGAAAAUAUACCAUUCUCUGGUGGGCAGCUUGCAAGACUCGGGAAGUCUUCUGAAGAGAAUAACUGAACAUCUAGAAGCCCUUUCUCCUCAGGUUGACUCAUCUGCAUAUGAGACAUCAAAUCACCAGGUUCAGGCUUGGCAAGAGAAGCUGAAGUCUUUGCAUUCUGCCAUUGUUGACACGGUGAUGGAUUGUGAGAACAGACUUGUGCAGAGCAUUGACUUCAAGACAGAAAUCUGCCGCUCACUCGACUGGUUGAGGUGGGUGAAAACAGAACUUAAUGGAACAUUAAGUUUGGACCUCAAACUGCAGAACAUCCAAGAGGAAAUCCGAAAGGUUCAGAUAUAUCAGGAAGAAGUGCAGUCAAGCCUCAGAAUAAUGAAUGCACUGAGCAAUAAAGAGAAAGAGCGCUAUAUGAAGGCAAAGGAGCUGAUACCUGCUGACCUGGAGAACACUCUUGCUGAGCUGGCAGAACUGGAUGGUGAGGUUCAAGAAGCUAUACACGUGAGACAGGCUACCUUGAAUAAAGUAUAUAGCCUGUGCCAAAGGUACUACCAAGUGAUGCAGAUAGCAAAUGACUGGCUGGAAGAUGCUCAGGAAUUUCUACAGUUAGCAAGAAAUGGUCUAGAUGUUGAGAACUCUGAGGAGAAUCUAAGGAACCAUGUUGAAUUUUUCAGCACGGAAAGUCAGUUUAAUGACCAUUUGAAAGUGUUACAAGGCCUUGUAUCUGAGAUAGAGCCCUUUUUACAAGCCACAGCAAGCAAACAGCUGGUGCAGAAUGUAGCAGCAUUGGAGGAAAAGGCCAAAGGGACAGAGCAAGAAGCCAAAACCCAGCAAGAGCAGUUACAAAGGUGUGCUUCUGAGUGGCAGGAGUACCAGACAUCAAGGCAGAAGGUGAUUGAAGUGAUGAAUGACGCUGAGAAAAAAUUAUCUGAAUUCUCAGUAGCUAAAGCUGCUUCUUCUCAUGAAGCAGAACAGAAGUUGCUAACACAUAAGACUCUCGUGUCCAUAGUGAAUUCUUUCCAUGAGAAAAUCACAGCCCUAGAAGAAAAGGCUUUGCAGCUGGAAAGAAUCAGUAAUGAUGCCAGUAAGGCAUCUAUAAGUAGAUCCACAACAACAGUUUGGCAGCGCUGGACACGGCUCCGGAAUGUAGCCCAGGAACAAGAGAAAAUUUUGGAAGAUGCAGUGCAGGAAUGGAAGGGUUUUAAUGAUAAGAUUCAGAAGGCCACCUUAGCUAUAGAUCAGCUACAAGGCCGCUUACCAGAAAGCUCAGUGGAAAAGGCAUCCAAGACAGAGCUCCUGGAACUCCUGGAUUACCACAGCAGUUUCUUGCUCGAGGUGGACCACCAGCUGUCAUCUUUGGGCCUGCUCAAACAGCAUGCUGCUAGCAUGCUUCAGGAUGUGGAAGUAAAGCCUCCAUCUCAGAAGGAACUACCAGUUAUGCAAGAAAUCAAAGCAAUGCAAGAUCGAUGCCACAAUAUGCAACAGAAAGUUAAAAAAGGCAUGAAGGUGGUGAAACAAGAGCUGAAGGAGCGUGAGGAGGUUGAAGCAGAGAUUAAUAUUGUGAAGUCAUGGAUCCAGGAAACAAAAGAAUAUUUAUUAAGCCCUGAUGCAGAAGUGGACAUUCAACUUCAGGAGCUGCAGUCUCUCUUUGGUGAAGUUACUACUCAUCGUCAGGCUGUUGAAAAACUGGCUGAACAACAACAGAAUAAAUACUUGGGACUUUAUACCAUUUUGCCUUCUGAACUCUCUCUUCAUUUAGCAGAAGUUGGACUGGCCCUUGUAACUGUACAGGAUCAGAUUCAAACCAAAGAAAGAGAAACUCAGCAAAUAAAAACAUUGAAUCAAGAGUUUGAACAGAAAAUUCAAGGGAUAGCAAAUGAGCUAAAUACCAUUCUUUCCAAACUGAAAAAGAAAACAAAUGAUAUAGCACAAGCUAAACUUGAACAAAAGAUCCUUGGUGACGAGUUGGACAGCUGCAAUAUAAAGCUGUUGGAAUUAGAUGCAUCAGUCCAGGACUUUGCAGAGCAGAACGUGCCCCUGGCUAAGCAGCUAGCUCACAGGAUAGGGAAACUCACUGCAUUGCACCAGCAGACCAUACGGCAGGCUGAGUACAGAGCAGCCAAGCUCAGUCAGGCUGCUUCACACUUGGAAGAAUACAAUGAGAUGCUGGAGUUCAUAUUGAAAUGGAUUGAGAAAGCAAAUAUCCUAGUGCAUGGUAGUAUAACAUGGAAUUCUUCUUCUCAGCUUCGUGAUCAGUUUAAAGCCUACCAGAGCAUUCUUGACGAGUCUGGAGAGAUUCACGGUGAUCUUGAGGCCAUGAGUGAGAGGAUUGAUUACCUGGCAAGUGUAUACUGUACUGAAGGAAUGUCACAGCAAGUGCUGGAACUGGGGCGGCGCACGGAGGAAUUGCAGCAAGUUAUCAAAGUGCAGCUGCCAAACCUCCAAGAUGCUGCCAAGGAUAUGAAGAAAUUUGAAAUUGAGCUGAGAGCCCUACAGGCUGCUUUGGAGCAAGCCCAAGCCACGCUGACAUCUCCAGAGCUCGGCCAUUUGAGCUUGAAAGAGCAACUUUCUCAUAGACAGCACCUGUUGUCUGAAAUGGAGUCACUGAAGCCAAAGGUUCAGGCCGUGCAGGAGUGCCAGAGCGCCCUGAGGAUUCCCGAGGAGGUGGUGACCAGCCUGCCCCUGUGCCACAGCGCCCUGCGGCUGCAGGAGGAGGCCAGCCGCCUGCAGCACAGCGCCAUUCAGCAGUGCAACAUCAUGCAGGAAGCAGUGGUUCAGUAUGAGCAAUAUGAGCAAGAAAUGAAACAUUUGCAGCAGAUGAUAGAGAGUGCCCAUCGCGAGAUCCAAGACAAGCCAAUAGCAACCAGCAACAUCCAGGAACUCCAGGUCCAGAUUUCACGUAAUGAGGAGCUGGCUCAGAAGAUCAAAGGAUACCAGGAGCAAAUUGCGUCUUUGAAUUCCAAGUGCAAGAUGCUGACAAUGAAAGCAAAGCAUGCCACCAUGCUGCUGACAGUGACAGAAGUGGAGGGGCUGUCCGAGGGAAUGGAGGAGCUGGAUCCGGACCUGCUGCCAGCACACCCCGCUCAUCCCUCCGUGGUUAUGAUGACUGCUGGUCGCUGUCACACGCUGCUCUCCCCUGUCACUGAGGAGUCUGGGGAGGAGGGAACCAACAGUGAGAUAUCUUCUCCACCUGCCUGUCGCUCUCCCUCACCUGUGGCUAAUACAGAUGCUUCUGUUAACCAGGACAUUGCUUAUUACCAAGCCUUAUCUGCUGAACAGUUGCAGACAGAAGCUGCUAAAAUUCAACCCAGCACCUCAGCCACCCAGGAGUUCUUCGAACCAGGCUUAGAAUCAUCUGCUAGUGCCAAAUUGGAUGAUUUGCAGCGUUCUUGGGAAACACUGAAAAAUGUGAUCAGUGAAAAGCAGCGCACACUCUAUGAAGCUCUUGAGCGUCAACAGAAGUAUCAGGACACACUCCAGUCUAUAUCCACGAAAAUGGAAACCACUGAAAUCAAACUAAAUGAGAGUUUGGAACCGGCCAAAAGCCCAGAGAGCCAGAUGGCUGAACAUCAGGCUUUGAUGGAUGAGAUUUUAAUGUUGCAAGAAGAAAUCAGUGAGCUUCAGACAUCAUUGGCCCAGGAGCUUGUUUCAGAACCGCUGGAUGCAGAAGGUGCUGAUCAAAUGGCACUGCAGUCCACCCUCACUGUCUUGGCAGAAAGAAUGGCCACAAUCCGAAUGAAGGCAUCGGGAAAACGACAGCUAUUAGAGGAAAAGCUGAAUGAGCAGCUGGAAGAGCAGCGGCAGGAGCAGGCUCUUCAGAGGUACCGCUGUGAGGCUGAUGAGCUUGACCACUGGCUGCUCAGUACCCGGGCAACGCUGGACACUGCUCUGCUUCCUGCUGAGGAACCCAUGGACAUGGAAGCGCAGCUGGUGGACUGUCAGAACAUGUUGGUUGAAAUAGAACAGAAGGUGGUAGCCUUGUCAGAGUUGUCUGUGCACAACGAGAACUUGCUUAUGGAAGGGAAGGCUCACACCAAGGACGAGGCAGAGCAGCUGGCUGUGAAGCUCAGGACACUGAAGGGCAGCCUUCUGGAGCUGCAGAAAGUGCUCCAUGACAAACAGAUCAACAUUCGGCAGGGGUCUUUACAAGAAAAGGAGGAGAGUGAUCUGGACUUCGUUUCCUCACAAAGCCCCAGUGUUCAAGAAUGGCUGGCACAAGCAAGAACUACUCGCUCACAGCAGCAGCAGAGUACCCUGCAGCAACAGAAAGAGCUGGAGCAGGAGCUAGAAGAGCAGAAGAAUCUGCUUCGAUCAGUAGCAUGCCGUGGAGGAGAGAUCCUAACGCAGCAAAGCUCUGCUGAAGGCCUGUCUAUAAGUGAGAAGCCUGAUGUACUCUCUGAGGAAUUGGUCUUAGAAGGUGAGAAGCCAUCAUCUGAAGAACAGAUGAAGAGGAAAUGGGAAAGCCUAAACCAGGAAUUCAGUACCAAGCAGAGACUGCUCCAGAAAACUUUGGAAAAAGAACAACUGCAGCUUUAUAGCAGACCGAAAAGACUAAUACCUGGAAUGUCUUUAUGUAAGGAGGAGGCACAGGAUGAAGAUAAAUCCUUAGUGUCACCAGUAUUGGUUGAAUUGAACCAGGCCUUUGAAGAUGUCUCAUCUGAGGCUGGACGGGUGGAGGAGACCUUGCAUCUUGAACAGAAGCUGUAUGAUGGUGUCACUGCCACCUCCAUGUGGCUGGAUGGUGUGGAAGAGCAAGUCUUUGUUGCUACAGCUCUGUUGCCAGAGGAGGAAACAGAAAACUAUGUCUGCAAGCAAGAGUCUCUUGCCAAAGAAAUCAAAGACAUAACAGAAGAAGUGGAGAAGAACAAGAAUUUGUUUGCUCAGCUGUUUCCUGACGGUAGUGAUAAGAGGGUUAUUAUAGAAAACACUUUGGAUUGUCUCCUGAGAAGACUGACCUUACUGGAGUCAGUGGUGAACCAGAGAUGCCACCAGAUGAAAGGGCGGCUCCAGCAAAUCAUCACAUUCAAGAAUGAUCUGAAGCUCAUGUUUACAUCAGUGGCCGAUAACAAAUACUUGGUUCUACAGAAAUUAGCAGAGGCAGCUGACAGACCAGAAACAGAACAAAUGCAGGUCAUACUGCAGGCAGAGGAAGGUUUAAAGGAACUAGACGCUGGAAUCAAUGAAUUAAAGAAGCGUGUAGACAAGCUACAGAUUGACCAACCCUCUGUACAAGAGUUGUCUAAGAUCCAGGAUAAGUAUGAUGAGCUGCUGAUGAUCAUUGGAUCCAGGAGGAGUGAUCUGAAUCAGAAUAUGGCUCUUAAGAGGCAGUACGAACGGGCUUUGCAGGACCUGGCUGACCUGGUAGAAACAGGCCAAGAAAAAAUGGCUGGUGACCAGAAAAUGAUUGUCUCUUCCAAGGAAGAGGUUCAGUCGCUGCUUGAAAAACAUAAGGAAUAUUUUCAAGGGUUGGAGUCUCACAUGAUCCUGACAGAAACACUUUUUAGAAAGAUGAGUAGUCUUGCCCUCUUGAAAGAAACUCAGUCACAUUCAGAGAUAAUGACACGAGCUUCAGCUGUGUUAAAGCUGGGUCAUAAACGAGGAGUGGAGCUGGAAUACGUUCUAGAGACCUGGAUGCAUCUGGAUGAAGAUUACCAGGAACUCACCAGACAGCUGGAGUCUGUUGAAGGAAACAUCCCCACUGUUGGUUUGGUAGAAGAGACGGAGGACAGGCUUACAGACCGGAUUACACUUUUUCAGCAUCUGAGAUCUAACCUGACUGAAUACCAGCCUAAAUUAUACCAAGUGCUAGAUGAUGGGAAGAGGCUCCUUUUUUCUGUUAGCUGCUCAGAACUUGAAGGUCAGCUGAACCAACUAGGAGAACGUUGGUUAAGUAACACCAGCAAAGUCACCAAGGAGCUUCACAGGCUGGAGACAAUACUGAAGCACUGGACAAGGUAUCAGAGUGAGUCAAAUGAAUUGACACAGUGGUUGCAAUCUGCAAAGGAACGGCUUGAGUUUUGGAGCCAGCAGUCCUUGACUGUUCCUCAGGAGCUAGAAACUGUCCGAGACCACCUGAGCUCCUUUUUGGAGUUUUCAAAAGAAGUGGAUGCUAAAUCAUCACAGAAGGCUUCUGUCCUGAGUACUGGGAACCAACUCCUCAGGCUUAAGAAAGUAGAUACAGCUUCAUUGCGUGCAGGACUGUCCCACAUCGAAACCCAGUGGACAGAGCUUCUCACACAAAUCCCAGCAGUACAAGAGAAGUUGCACCAGCUCCAGAUGGACAAAAUUCCUUCUCGCCAUGCCAUCACUGAAGUUAUGAGCUGGAUUUCGCUGAUGGAAAAUGUAAUUCAGCAGGAUGAAGAAAACAUAAAAAAUGUAGUAGGACAGAAAGCAAUUCAGGGUUACGUCCAGAAGUACAAGGGUUUCAAGAUAGAUUUAAAUUGCAAACAGUUGACUGUCGACUUUGUGAACCAAUCAGUGCUACAAAUCAGCAGCCAGGAUGUUGAAAGUAAACGCAGUGACAAAACUGAUUUUGCAGAACAGCUUGGAGCAAUGAACAGACGUUGGCAGAUCCUGCAAGGCCUGAUAACCGAAAAGAUCCAGCUCUUGGAAAGUCUGCAGGAAUCCUGGACGGAAUAUGAAAAUAAUGUGCAGUGCCUAAAAACUUGGUUUGAAACCCAAGAGAAGAAGCUGAAACAGCAACAAAAAAUUGGAGACCAGGCUUCAGUGCAGAAUGCUUUGAAAGACUGUCAGGAAUUAGAAGAAUCAAUAAGAACAAAGGAAAAAGAAGUAGAAAAUGUAGAACAGAGUGGUCUUUCUUUGAUACAAAACAAGAAAGAAGAAGUCUCUUCUGCUGUUAUGAAUACGCUGAAAGAAAUUAACCAUUCCUGGGCCAAUUUGGACCACAUGGUUAGCCAGCUGAAGAUAUUAUUGCAAUCCGUUCUUGAUCAGUGGAGCAUUUACAAAGUGGCUUAUGAAGAACUAAACAGUUACCUGACAGAAGCCAGAUAUUCUUUGUCCCGUUUUUAUCUUCUUACUGGUUCUCUGGAAGCUGUGAAAGUCCAAGUUGAUAAACUACAGAGCCUACAAGAUGAAUUGGAAAAACAAGAGAAUAGCUUACAGAAAUUUGGUUCUGUGACCAAUGAAUUGUUGAAAGAAUGUCACCCACCGGUGACUGAAACUCUUACCAACACUUUGAAAGAAGUGAAUAUGAGGUGGAACAACCUCAUGCAGGAGAUUGCAGAGCGGCUGCGUGCCAGCAGGGCCCUGCUCCAGCUGUGGCAGAGGUACAAGGACUGCUUCCAGCAGUGCUCCUCCACGGUCCAUCAGCGAGAGGACCAGACCAAUGAGCUCCUGAAGACUGCUACCAGCAAAGACAUUGCUGAUGAUGAAGUUACUACUUGGAUUCGGGACUGCAAUGAUGUACUCACAGAUCUGAAAACAGCACAGGAGUCUCUGGUUGUUCUUCAAGAACUGGGGGAGGAGCUGAAAAGCCAGGUGGAGGCUUCAGCAGCAGCAGCCAUACAGUCAGAUCAUCUCUCUCUGAGCCAGAACCUGUCAACCCUGGAGCAGGCUCUCCGCAAGCAACAGGCUGCACUUCAGGCUGGAGUCCUGGACUAUCAAACCUUUGCCAAAAACCUGGAAGUCCUUGAGACCAAGAUAACAGAAGCAGAAGAAACAUUGAAAGAACAGGAUCCCAGUCACUCAUCUGAUGUCUCAGCCAUACAGAGUAGAAUGGAGCAACUCAAGAGUCAAAUGCUGAAGUUCAGCAGCAUGGCCCCUGAUUUGGACCGUCUUAAUGAGCUGGGUUACAGGCUUCCUCUGAAUGACAAGGAAAUCAAAAGGAUGCAGAACCUGAACAGACAUUGGUCUCUGAUCUCAUCUCAGACUACGGAGAGAUUCAGUAAGUUGCAGUCUUUCUUGCUGCAGCAACAGACCUUCUUGGAGAAAUGUGGGACUUGGAUGGAUUUAUUAGUUCAGACUGAGCAGAAGUUGGCAGUAGAGGUUUCAGGAAACUACCAAAGGCUUUUAGAGCAACAGAGGGAACAUGAGCUGUUCCAGGCAGAGAUGUUCAGCCGCCAGCAGAUUUUGCAUUCAAUUAUCUCUGAUGGGCAGCACCUCCUAGAACAAGGACAGGUGGAUGACAGGGAUGAAUUUAGUCUGAAGCUGACUCUCCUGAGUAAUCAGUGGCAAGGAGUGAUUCGCCGAGCCCAGCAGAUGAGGGGGAUCAUUGACAGCCGGAUUCACCAGUGGCAGCGCUACAGGGAGCUGGCCGAGAAGCUGCGCAAGUGGCUGCUGGAGAUGUCCUGUCAGCCAGUGACUGAGCUGGGCAGUGUUCCUAUCCCACUGCAGCAAGCAAGAGUGCUGCUGGAUGAAGUGCAGCUUAAAGAGAAGGUUCUAUUAAGGCAGCAAGGGAGUUACAUCCUCACUGUGGAGGCUGGGAAGCAACUGCUGCUCUCUGCUGACAGUGGAGCCGAGGCAGUCCUGCAGGCAGAGCUUACUGAAAUCCAGGAGCGCUGGAAGAUAGUUAGCACUCAGCUGGAGCAACAAAAGAAACAGCUUGCUUUGCUGCUGAAAGACUGGGAAAAAUGUGAAAAGGGCAUAGGAGACUCCCUGGAGAAGCUAAGAUCAUUCAAAAAAAAGCUUUCUCAGCCAUUACCAGAUCACCAUGAUGAGUUGCAUGCAGAGCAGAUUCGUUGCAAGGAGCUAGAGAAUGCUGUUGAAGGCUGGACAGAUGACCUUGCACACCUCUCCCUGCUGAAGGAGACCCUGUCUGUGUAUAUCAGCGCAGACGAUAUCUCAAUCCUGAGUGAGCGAAUAGAGCUCCUGCACAGGCAGUGGGAGGAGCUGUGCCACCAGGUCUCCUUGCGCCAACAGCAAGUUAGUGAGAGACUGAAUGAGUGGGCUGUCUUCAGUGAGAAGAACAAGGAGCUCUGUGAAUGGCUGACUCAAAUGGAAAGCAAGGUGUCUCAAAAUGGUGACAUCCUCAUAGAAGAAAUGAUUGAGAAACUUAAAAAGGAUUAUCAAGAGGAAAUUGCUGUUGCCCAGAAGAACAAAAUCCAGCUUCAGCAGAUGGGAGAGAGACUUGCUAAAGCCAGCCAUGAGAGUAAGGCAUCAGAGAUUGAGUACAAACUUGGCAAGAUCAAUGACAGGUGGCAGCAUCUUCUAGAUCUUAUUGCAGCCAGGGUAAAGAAGUUGAAGGAAACCCUUGUUGCAGUGCAGCAGCUGGAUAAAAACAUGAGUAGUCUGAGAUCUUGGCUUGCCCACAUUGAGUCAGAGCUGUCCAAACCCAUCGUCUAUGAAACUUGUGACUCUGAGGAGAUACAAAGGAAGCUGAAUGAACAGCAGGACCUCCAGAGGGACAUAGAGAAACACAGCACUGGUGUGGCAUCUGUUCUCAAUCUGUGUGAAGUACUUCUUCAUGACUGUGAUGCUUGUGCCACAGAAGCAGAGUGUGACUCUAUCCAGCAGGCUACACGCAAUCUGGACAGAAGAUGGAGAAAUAUUUGUGCAAUGUCCAUGGAAAGGCGACUUAAAAUUGAAGAGACGUGGCGGCUAUGGCAAAAAUUUUUGGAUGACUACUCUAGAUUUGAAGAGUGGCUAAAAGCCUCUGAGAGGACAGCUGCUUUUCCAAGCUCCUCUGGUGUGCUUUACACUGUUGCUAAGGAAGAACUGAAGAAAUUUGAGGCUUUCCAGAGACAGGUGCAUGAGAGCCUGACUCAGCUGGAGCUGAUCAAUAAGCAGUAUCGGCGCCUGGCACGGGAGAACCGCACGGACUCCGAUGGCAGCCUCAAGCAGAUGGUUCACGAGGGGAACCAGAGAUGGGACAAUCUACAAAAGCGAGUUACCUCCAUCCUGCGCAGGCUAAAGCAUUUUAUUGGCCAGCGGGAGGAGUUUGAAACAGCUCGUGACAGCAUCCUGGUAUGGCUGACAGAGAUGGACCUGCAGCUGACCAACAUCGAGCACUUCUCAGAGUGUGAUGUCCAAGCGAAGAUAAAGCAACUUAAGGCUUUCCAGCAAGAAAUUUCCCUGAACAACAACAAAAUUGAGCAGAUAAUUGUGCAAGGUGAGCAGCUCAUUGAGAAAAGUGAACCCCUGGAUGCAGCUGUGAUUGAAGAAGAACUAGAUGAGCUGCGUCGUUACUGCCAAGAGGUCUUCGGGCGAGUGGAGCGCUAUCACAAGAAACUUAUCCGCCUUCCUCUGACAGAUGACGAGCACGACCUCUCUGACAGAGAGGUGGAUCUGGAUGAAUCAGCAGAUCUCUCUGACAUACGCUGGCAUGACAAAUCUGCGGACAGCGUUCUGUCCCCGCACCCCUCUUCCAACCUUUCGCUGCCUCUUUCCCAGCCGCUGAGGAGCGAGCGAUCGGGGCGGGAUACGCCUGCCAGCGUGGACUCCAUCCCCCUGGAGUGGGAUCACGACUACGACCUUAGCAGGGACCUGGAGACAGCCGUUUCGCGGGCGCUGCACUCAGAGGAAGACGGAGGCCAAGAAAAAGACUUCUACCUGAGAGGAGCAGUUGGCAUAGCAGAUGUAGAAAUCCCUGAAACUCUUGAGGCCUAUGUAACACUCACAGAAAACGCCCUCAAAAAUAUCUCUGGUGAACCAGGUGCCCUGGAAGCACACAUCCGCCAGCUGGACAAGGCCUUGGACACCAGUCGCUUCCAGAUACAGCAAACAGAAAACAUCAUCCGUAGCAAGACACCUACAGGACCAGAACUGGAUUCCACUUACAAAGGAUAUAUGAAACUGCUAGGUGAAUGCAGUGGAAGCAUAGACUCAGUAAGAAGGCUUGGGUAUAAACUGAAGGAGGAAGAAGAAAAAUUUUCAGGGCUCAUUAACAUGAACAGUACUGAAACACAAACAGCUGGUGUAAUUGAAAGAUGGGAAUUAAUCCAGGCUCAAGCUCUAAGCAAGGAGCUGAGGAUGAAGCAGAACCUUCAGCAAUGGCAGCAGUUCAACUCUGACCUUAAUAGCAUCUGGGCUUGGUUGGGAGAAACUGAAGAGGAACUGGAGAAGCUCCAGCGCCUUGAUCUCAGCACUGACAUACAAACUAUUGAGCUCAGAAUUAAAAAAUUGAAAGAGCUGCAGAAAGCGAUUGAUAACCGCAAAGCAAUCAUCUUGUCCAUCAAUCUGUGCAGCUCAGAGUUCACUCAGUCUGACAGCGAGGAGAGCAAGAAGCUUCAGGAGCGCCUGUCUCAGAUGAACGUGCGCUGGGAGCACGUGUGCAGCAUGAUCGAAGACUGGCGCAGCUCGCUGCAGGAUGCAUUAAUACAGUGCCAGGAUUUCCAUGAACUGUGCCAUGGUUUGCUGCUUUGGUUGGAGAAUAUUGACAGAAGAAAAAAUGAGAUUGUGCCCAUCAAUCCAAACCUGGACUCAGAAGUACUGCAGGAUCAUCACAAACUUCUGAUGCAAAUCAGACGUGAACUGCUGGAGUCUCAGUUGAAGGUGGCAUCACUGCAAGAUAUGUCUUGCCAAUUGCUAGUCAAUGCUGAAGGCAAGGAUUGUCUUGAAGCUAAAGAAAAGGUACAUGUCAUUGGAAACAGACUGAAGCUCCUCUUGAAAGAGGUUACACGUCAUAUUAAAGACCUAGAGAAAAUUCUAGACAUUUCAAGUAGUCAACUGGAAUUGUCCUCAUGGUCUUCCGAUGAAUUAGACACAUCAGGCUCAGUGAGUCCUGUAUCUGGAAGAAGCACUCCAAGCAGACAGAGAACGCCACGGGGCAAAUGUAGUCUCUCACAGCCUGGACCCUCUGUCAGCAGUCCACAUAGCAGGUCCACAAGAGGUGGCUCAGGUUCCUCCCCUUCUGAGGCUGGGCCAGCAUGGCAGUGCCCAUCCUUCUUCCUCAGAGUCCUCAGAGCUGCUCUGCCACUUCAGCUGCUCCUGCUGCUCCUGAUCGGGCUGGCGUGCCUGGUGCCAAUGACCGAGGAGGAUUACAGCUGUGCUAUGGCAAACAACUUUGCCCGCUCGUUCCACCCCAUGCUAAAGUACAUGAAUGGUCCUCCUCCAUUGUGAGGGAGACCUGUGAGACAGUGGGAGACUUUGCUGGAGUGCUGGCUGGGAGCAAGACGGUUUUAAAGGGUGACAGGGUUCGGCGUGGCAGCUUUACCUGCCUGCUGUUGCCCCCACUGUGCCCAUCUCUCUCUCUGCUGGCACUCCGCUCGAAGCGCGUCAGUCUGUCAGUGUCAGACUGCACAGCCUGUGUUACCUGAGUAGCAUCAUUUCAGUGCUGCAUCCUGGGUACUAAGGAGGAUGCAACAUGUGGGAGGGAAACCUCUUCUGUACAGCUUGUGGGAUCUUUUAGCCACUUUAUAUCCAGGUCAUUGCCCUGUACUAUGCAUAGCCAAGGACUUGAUACUGUAGAUCCUUUCCUGUGUGCUGCUCUAAACAACCCAUUAGCCAGUCUUUGUUAAAUACCCUCUCAGUAUCUACAGUAUACAAAAUAAUCAAUGCUUAAGGGAUUUUAGAGCAUUUGUAACAUAAAAUUUUAAAGAAUCUUGUAUGGCAAUGUAUUAUUCCCUGUGGUUUCUGUUUCAGGCAUGGUGUUCUAACUUUUGCUUUGGAUGCACAAGGUGUAAAUCUGAGAAGCACUUUUUUAAGGUUUAAAAAAUGGAUGUAAUAAAUAAGAUUGCAGAAGUUUUUAUGAGGAAAAAAUGUUGAAUGUCAAGUUGAAAAACAAAGAACAUAUUUAUGUAUGUACAGUUUGCUAAGCCAAGUUUUGUUUGUAUUGAUUUCUUUGCAUUUAUUAUAGAUACCAUAAAAUAUUUUGUCUACGUGCUUUUUAAUGACAACUAUGGAAACCUCUAAGUUUAAAACAAGAUAUGUAUGGUAUAAAAAAAACCAGAAGACAUCCAUAUGCUGCAAUUCAAAAAGAAUUAAAAAAAUCUGUAACAAAUUAAUGGCAUUAGGUAUAUGUUUGAAUGACAAGAUCUGGAAAAUUAAAACUGGCAGAAUACAUAGGAAAGUAUCACAUUAGAAACUGUGCUAAUAUUGAAAGCAGUACAUGUUUUGGAUUAAUGAUUCAUCACUUCAGGUUUUUCAUUUUUCCAAUCUGCUUCUUGAAGUUCCCUCUCACCUAUAUGGGGUUUUUUCCCACUUGUGUUUCUGUGUAUGCAUUCAUGUGCAACCUUUGACAAUUGGGGUUCUACCAAUCCACACCAAAGCAGACUUUUUCCUGUGGGUAUACUGGAAACUUCGUAAUAUUCUCCAUAGCAGCUCAAUACCAAGAUAGAUAAUUAUGUUUUACCCAUCCUUAUUUUAUUGGAAUAGGACCAAAACAUAAGCAUAAAUAGCAGAAAAAGAGAACAAAUUGAAAACUCAUUAAAUUUCCAGAACUGUUGCAAAAACUUGUGGUCUACUCAGUGGCACUCUGCCCAGCUUGUCAGUCGCAACUUGACUUUGAAAGAACAGGAUUCUUCUCAAUUAUGAAAAAAAAAAUACAGAGCAUGGCUCUAAAUUACUGAUCUUUAAUAAGUUUGGUGGAUUUGAAGCCAUGACACACACAUUGUGAAUUUUUCUUCUGAGUUAAGUGUUUUUACUUAGAAUAUAUUGACUUGCAUGACAGAAAUAAAAAGGCCAGAAAAAACUACAAGCACAUUAGUUGCUGUUAAUGUAGAAUUAAUUUUUGACAUACCAUCUUUUGAGCUGUUAUGAGGAGAGGGUGGUCAGAGGUAGGGAACCACAAGCUGAACUCCAGCAUUUGGAAGAGCCAAAAUAAAACUUCCUUUUCAGAUAAGUGUAACAUCAACAUCUUUAUGAAAAGGAUUCUGUAUGUUCACAAAAUAUUUUCUGUGUCUGAGACACAAGUCUGGACUGACACAAGUGUGUUCUUCUCAAGGCUGAGUUUCCUUCAUUACUAUUCAGAAGUUAGGCUAGGCUAGAUUAGUAUUCAUAAACACUCAUUCUUAGAGACAAAGAUAAGGAACAUACAUUUGAGCUACAAGGAAGAGCUGUCACUUGCAAAAGGCCUGAAAUAUUACAUAAAAUUGACCCCUCUUUUCUGAUAUUGUUCUCUUUGGUGACAUAAUUUAAUCAAUGUAAUCAGUGCACCUAUGUGACUAAUUCUGUAGUUUGCUGGAUCUGUUAGUCUAGGUCUGUGCCUGUUUUAGACAUCCUUUCAUCAGCCAGUCUCUGCUGGUUAAUUUUUUAUUUAAAGAUAUUUUUUGUCUUCUUAAAAAAAAAAAAACACUGUAAAGGAAAAAAAAAAGACUCAUUUAGUGAGACGUAAGGCCCUCAGCCUCACUGUCUCCUAUUUUCCAGGAAAUAAAGAAUGUGGAAGAUCACAUCAUCAAUUGUCAGUAGCCCUUUCAAUUUCAGUGCAUUUUUGAGUAAUGAUUACCUGCAGGACACACAUGACUGUCUCUCCUCUGCCUUGCUGGUGAACUGCUGGACAAUGUCCCUCCUAUGCUUUGCUUUCUUCCAGCUGUUUCAAAGUAAAGUUUCUUGUGUUCAUACCUUCAGGCUCUGAUCUGUAGCAAUAGAUCUGACUAUCAAUGUACUGAUAGCUGAUGUAGAGAACUUUUUUUUUGACAUCAAGGGAUCUGCUCACGCAAAGCAGUCCUCCCAGUGAACAGCAACUUCUCUACAAUGCCUGUGAAGAAGGCAGUUGCAGAUGGUGACACAGACCCAUUAGAAAAAUGUCAUAGACAGGAAAAAUGCCUGUUGUAAAUUCUAAAUUUCCCAUUCCUUCAAGGACAGGAAUGUCAGUCUGUAAGCUGAUGUGUCAAGGGAAUUGCAGACAAUUUGUGUCACUAGAUUAGAGGGUCCUUUGAGUGCCACUUUGGAGUUACUGCCUUUGAUACUUCAGGUCUCAACUCAAAAUCAGCAUCAGACCAGUUAAAGUAGUUUGAACAAUAUGCUCCUACUAAAGGAAUUCUAGCCAUGAACCAAUUCCAUUAUAACAACUUCACAUGUGAUUUUGCAGAACUGGAUCUUGAUCCUAAAAACUGACACAAAGGAGGCAAAAUGUAAAUAAGUGGGCAGGCUCUUCUUAACUUCCAUCCCAAGACCACCAGUGACUCAGAGGUCUAGCUUAAGUGGCAAAUCCCCAUGAGAUAACAACACAUUCAUUUAUCACCACAGCAUGAACCAAGUUAAAUGGGGCAGCUGUAGGGGGGCAAAAGCACACCCAGAAAGCUGACGAGCAUUGCAGCCAGUGUCACCAGCCAGCUUGGCAGCCUGGGCAUCAUUCUCAUCCUGAUAAUGGGAUGCUAAAGUUCCUUAAGAAGCGCACAAGUCGGGACUCUGAAAUGCCCUGUCUUCUGUGAUAAGCCUGCAACCCAACACCUCUUUCUGAAACAUCAUCUACUUGGGCUCUGCAAACACAAGGACUGAUUUCUGGUGAUGCACCUUGAGGCUCAGCUGCAAGGCAUGAGAAAAGGCAGCGAAGGAGUUGCUGAACUCUGGCUCUGCAUUGAAAUUGUGUGUUCAAGCAUGGAGAAAAUAGACUCUGCCUCGUGGGGAGCUCAGGUCAUAACUAUAUUUUUUUCCUGUUUUCUACUGUAGAGGUGUAAUCAUCCCCCCACCUCUGCAACUCUGAACCUUGCUUAUUAGCUUGUAGUCACCUCAGAGCUAGUGAGUGUUUAAAGGUAACUGGUUACUCAGUGACUCCAGACGGUAGUAUCAAGACACUGUGUCAUUAUGCUUGUAUUGAUAAUAGUGAAAAAUAAUAAGCACAAUUUACCCUAGACUCCCUGCAUCUCUUCAUGGAGCUUCAUUUGUGGACCAUGCUUUGCAAAAUCUGAGGGCAGUCUGCAGAGUGAUAUUUAGAGACAUUAGACAAUGUUAGGAGUAUAAAUGAUCUCGACAGAAGUAGUGUGCCCUUAUUCCUCAUAGCUGUGAGCAUGAUGAUGCCCAUUACCUACUCCCCACCCUGCUCCAGCAGCGAUAACAGCUUCUUUCUGCAACAGAUCAAUAGUUCCUCGCCACUGGUUUGCCACCUUCCACCUUUGUGAACACGUGCAGUAUUGCUCUCUCCUUCCUUAGAAUGUUUUUCUGCAUCUGGCUAUUGAACAAGAACAAAGAUGCUGGGCUUGCUUAUGAGCAGCCAUCCUUGGCCCUCGGUCUUGUGUUAUUUGUGGUUGAGAGAUCUGUUUACAACUGAUAGCAUCUCUCAACAUCAGCUCAUCAUCAUCAUGUGCAUCUGAGUGGCUGUGUGUCUGUGUGUUCAAAGGCAUAACAGACACUGGUUGCUCACAGCCUUCAAACUCCAGAUGCUAUCAAGACUUAGCAACAGUAGGAGGAUUCUGAGAAAUAAGAAAAAGUCAAGGAGAAAAAAUGUAGUUUCUAAAGCAAUAGAAACUAUUGAUCUCUCUUUCUGGCACUUACAUAUUUUAUUUGUGUUUAAAGCAAUGGAUUAUGGAAAGAAAAAAGGCAGAACAGUGAGUUUUGAUUUAAGCUGGGUGGUUUGGCAGCAGUCAAAAGUAGAAUUCAUCUAAAGCAGUAUUUGUCGAAAUUGACGGGAGAGAGUACAGGGGACAGGUCUUUUGGGUUGUGUGUAUUUAUAGGCACAGAGUUCCCUCCAUAAGGGAACUUGUCUGGGUAGUGGCUGAGUUUUAACCUCGGCAGCAUGUAGGGAAAUGCACUGCAGCCAGCUGAAUUCUGUUGUUGUUGCCCUGUUUGGCCAUAAUUAGAUGCAGAGGGACAUAGGUGUGAAACCUGUAUUUGGGAGAAGUUGUGCUGUGGUAAUAAUAUUAAGAACAUUAGAAUGUUCUAAUAAUAUUCCCCAAUAAAUAAAUAAAUAAAUAAAUAGGAAUUAUUUAGAGAAUUAAUUUGUCUUCCCAGAAAGGAGUAGAUAAAGAUGUGUGAAACAAGAUAAAAGAAAAUGAGUAACUGCUAGCUGAAGUACUGAAGAUUUGUCAUAGACUAAGUGACAGAAAUCUGAAUUUUGUUAAAUGAUUGCUCUAAAAGCGGAUAGGAACUGAAAGCUGAAACAACUAUUGUUUGGUGCCACCUAAUAUAUCAUUGCAGAAAUGAAUUGGUCAAAGCUGCUUUGUUCAAGUAAGAAUCUAUUUAAAGAUCUGAGACACAGAAAACGGAUUUGACCACAGUGAGGUCCGAGUAACACUGGCACAUUUAACUUUUUGGAAAGGCAGGAUGCUUUAGGAAAGUAUUGUCCAUUUCUUGUAUCAAAGGUGUCCUUGGUGAUGGGGGAGAGGUGCACUAGAGACUCUUCUGGACAAGGGUCGUGCAGAUGUGGAUGUAGUUUGCACACAGGUUACUCAGAUCAGGCUUCUUUUGUUUUCUGGAAUGUUGUUAUUCCUAGGAGACUGCUAUUAUGGAUGUUGUAAUUCUGGGUUUUUCCAUUCCUUUGUUUUUAGAAAGGAUGUUUUAAAAAACAGCUGGAAUUAAACCUAUCAGAGUCCACUUUUUAAUGUAAGCGCUUAAAAGGCUAUCCAAGAAGAGGGGCAUUGAUGGCUGUAGUAUUUUUUUAGAAACAACUCAAAAAUUGUCUGGGAAAUUCUCCUGGCCAUAGAGCUGCAAGUUAAAACAUAUGGCUGCGAUUUUGACUCCUUUGCUAGACUUGAAACAUGGUGCAGGCAAGUAUGUAGACUAUGGGGGCAAGGGGAGAAAAAAGUACUGGAAGAAAGUAUGAUGCUGUAGCAUUUUGGUUGAGAUAGAUAGACAAGAUAGGUAGAUAGAUAGACAGAUAGAUAGAUACAAACAAGACAUUUUUGAGCUGUAGUUUCUUUUCUUAUUUUCAGAUUUAAUGUAAGCAAAAAUUAAUCCUGUUAGGGCAGACUGGAAUUCAGUCUUUCCUGCUUUCAUACGAAUGCCUAAACUUUCAAGCUUUUCUGUGCCCUGACUCUCACAACAAAAUGGACAGCACUUUUUGCUCAUCUCUAGAGUAUAACAUACUUGUUCAUCAUAGAUGACAAGUUCUGAAGAGGUGAGUGAAAAAUAGAAAGAUUUGCUUCUUCUCAGAUUCUUUUUUGUCCUAGAGAGCAGCAUCGCCUUUAUCUGUAGAGAAGCUAAAUACCUUGGUCCCAAAAGUGUCGCAAAAUCUGACUAAAAAUGCCCAAAAACACAUCCUUUCCUCACGUGCACAUUUUUCAUCUGUUUAAAGUUACUUUCUGGAGUUUAAUGUAACAUUCUGGAGUUGCGUGCAAAUGUGUAGGAAUGGAAGACAGCAGGAGAUAAAUUUCAUAUCACCUGUAUGCCUGCAGAAAUGAAGACAUUACCAGAAUGACACCUAAAUACUGCAGCACAAAGUUCUUAAAGGGACAUGAGAGCUAGUUAGCCUUGCUCCUGCUGAGAUAAGUGCCAAAUGUUAUUAUUUUGAUGGUCAAUUUUCCUGAAGACUUCAUGACCAUUUUUUACACUUGAGCCUCUGUGUCUGCAGGAUGCCAUGGUGAAUGGUAGUAAUUGGAGCCUGGCUGGGUAUAAGAAAAAACACGAAUGCAGUGCCCUUCCAUGGGCAUUCUGUCUAUGUGAGCCCUCUGAUGAGUGCUAUUUUAUAUGUUUGGAUUUUCCUCUCCUCUUCACUGUGUGGGUGGUGGAGACAAGCAGUGUAAUGCAGAGGAAGGAGAUCUAAAACUUUCCAGCCAUAGAAACAGCUGCUUCAUGGGGUUUUUAAUGUUGCAGUAUCUGGAUAGGGAAAAAAAAAAAAAAAAUCCAUCAUUUAAUUUUGAGGAAUAAGCAUGGCCAAAAGGCUUUUAAUGAGUGAGGGUGUCCUACUGACUGAGAACAUCAAGGCUUUAGCCCGUGAAGAAGCUGUUACUGUUGCAUUAUGAGGAUUGCCUGAACUAACAGAAAAGAAAAGCAGUCAAAUAUGUUCUUUGAUUAUGCCUUAACUAUGCCAUACCUUUUUGAUUAGUUAAAUAGAAUAAAAUGUGCUGGAACAAGACAGGUGUCACGUGUCAGCAAAGAGAGAAAGGAGGGGUGUGGGGAGUGCCAAUGCAUCGGGCUGUGUGCAUCUAUUUAGGAUCCCCUGGGGGAGCUGCUCUCUGAGGUGUUGUGUGUGCAGUGAGGGAAGCAAGGGUGAUGGGCUCAGGAGUUUUAACUGCACAAGCUCUGCAGUGAAAUAGAAAGGCUUGUCCUUGCUGUAUCAUUUCUUAAACUUCUUCACUCAACAGACUCAACAGUAAACUUCUUCACUCAACUCACUCAACAGUAAGAAAUUGGGAAUGAAGCUGAAGACCCAGGUGGCUCCUGACUAUUAAAAUGUGCCCAGUGCCUGGUUGUAGAAACAUUCCUCCUGGUGGGUUCUGUGUGUCUGGGGAAGGUGAUGAAAUCUCAUCCACAUGCUCCCAGCAUAAAAGACACAUCAUGGGAGGGAAUGAAGGUGAGGGAUACAGACUCUUUUCAGUUGUUUCCGCUGACAGGGCAAAAUGCGAUGGGUGCAAACUAAAUCACAUGAAAUCUGAGCACAGGCGAAAUAUUUGAUAGCAUGAAGAUCAUCAAACACUGGAAAAGGGUGCCGAGAGAGGUAGAAGGGCCUCCUUUUGUGGCUAUUCAACAUUCAGCUGGGCAGGGCCCCGAGCAAUCUUCUUUAGGUGAUCCAGCUCUGAGCCAGGAAUUGGACUAGACAGUCUCCAGUGACCCAUUCCCAUCUCACUGCACUGUGAUGCUGUGUUGUCGUCUCAUGCUGCAGAAAGAAAUGGGGAAAAGAAUGCCUAAUCUCAGGUAGUGUGCAAUCCCACAUAGUGUGCAAUCUUGUGCUCAUUCAAUAUGUUACAAUUUUUGCAGAGGUAAGUAUGUUGAGACUAUCUGUGCAGUUUUUCAUUUAGGAGUGCCAUACUUUUGAUUUUGCAGGAAUAUUCUCCUAUAUAGCUGCUUUUUUUUCCUUUUUUUUUUUUUUUUUUUUUAGGUGAAGUCUGUAAGUUCAGUAUUAUGUAGCAACUGUCUCCUUAAGUCAUUUCUUCAUGAACUGUAAGCGCUCUUCUGCUCCUUUGGUUAAAAAAUUGUGUAAAGCGAUGAAAUGAUACCAUAUUUUGAAUCAGCAUUGAAAAUUACUUUAUGAUAUUGAGCACAAGUAUGUGUUCAAUUAGUUCCAAUUACUCUAAUCCACCCUUGGUGGCCCAAGAAGCAACUUGCAGUCAAGUUCUUUGUUAUGGAAGUGUACUGCAAAACAAUCACAUGAUUUGGAACCAUUGUUCAGUUCUACUCAGCACUUAAAAAUCCCAACAGUCCCCAGCUUUCUUUUAGAGUCUGAAUAGGUUAUUUGCUUUCAUAUUUAACAAGGUGAGGUUUGACAUGAAUGAAGCCUAUCUCAUCUUCAUUGUAGAGACAAUACUUAGAACAGAGGUAACCAUCUUGCAAUUUUUUUCCUUUUAAGAACAAUGAAACAUGCUAUAAAAAUAAAGAGUUUUUACAUACAUAUUCAUAUAAGAAAAGAACCUAUGAGCCAAUAGUCCUAUGUUUAACCAACAUGGCACUGAAAAUAGUUUUAAAAAAAUCAAUAUAGGGUUAUAGUCUCCAUGUUACUGAUAAAUAUAUAUACUACAAGUAUUGAAGUAUGUCAGUAUGUAUGCAAAUGCUAUAGAUGACUGGUUGGAUUCUUUGCAAACACCAAAUAUGAUUUUGAGAUUAUUUUACAGAAUAGAGUUGAGUUCAAAGUGGUCUUAUAUGAAUAAAAGUAUUUUUUAUUUCUUUUCAUCUCUUCCUGAUGGCUUAGUCAAGACAAUUUCUUUUUCCUGGUGACUAGUUUCACUUGGGAAAGGAGUGCUAUUUGUCUUGACGUAAGCUAGCACAUGGUAAGUGGCAGUCAACUUUAGAAGGCUAAAUUCACACAAAUUGUCUCUUCUGCCAUAAUCUAUUUCACAAGCCAAAAUAAGGAAUGUAAACCAAAAUAAUAAGAAUAUGAAAGCACAUAAAGUACUAGGUACUUAACUAACUUCCCUGGUGCCGUUAGGGUUACUAGACACUACACCCAGCUUGUUGUUGACUCUAGAUAGGAAGUCUCUGAUUCUUUUCAGGGAAAGUGAAGAAACUAAGAAGCAGUUUUUACUUUCAUUUAGAUGCACAGAAACAGACACAUUCUGAUUCUUUCCAAAGCAGUGUAUCAUUCUGCUGUCCACUGGAAAACAAAAAGCAGAGAAGCAUAUUUUUAAAACAUACAAAAUAUAACAAAAUGAAACAAUGUGUUGUGAUUAAUUCUUUAUUUUCAACAUCAAAUACAUUGAUAAAAAUCUUGCACCGAUUAGGUAGCCUACCAGAUUUUUAUUUAGAAUUUUUUAGAACUUUUUUGGAUGCAAAACAAAGAAAAUAAUACCUCACCAAACCCAAAGACAUCAAUAAUUUCAUAUACAUCAUUGAAAGAACAGAAUACUUUGACAAAUACAUUAUGACAGCUGAGUCUAUACCAAAGAAAAGACUUUGCAUUGACAGACUACAUAGUGCACACAAAAGCAUUGGUUUCAUAGUACAUACAAUAAGGUAAUACAUAAAGCGGCUUUAUAAUGCAAGUCUCGUGACCAGCAGUAUAUCCCUUCCUUUUUCAAUGGGCACUUUCUGAAGAAACAGACUUUUAAUCAUAGGCACACAGGAUUACAGAAUUUACUAAUUUGCAAGAUGGCAGCAUAAAAUAUAUUUUUGUAAAUUUUUAUUUCUUUAGGCACACUUGAAUGCAAAAGAAUUUAACAUCUUUUUAACACAGUGCAAAACCAAAUACCCUUUUUGGGCAUCCCUUUGAAAAUAACUUUCAGGAUAUAAGGCUACCUACAUUUGAAUGAUCAAAGGGAACCAUGAGUAGAAAGGAUAGGACAUUAAUAUUGGGCAAACAUUAAUUUUAAACUCUCAGAUCAAUUUGAGAUUAUGCUACACAUGCAGGUAACAGCAAAGAUUGCUUUGUAUUACAAUACCAUUGUUAGCAUCACCCUUCUCUUACAUGUGAUGACACUCUAUCUGUAAAGCCAUAUUAUGGUUGUAGAUAGCAUUGAAAACAUCAGUCUCUAUUCAAAGUAAGAAAAGCACUUCACACAAGUUCAGCUGAGAAUGCCUUAUAUACAAAAUUCCAUUAUCUGUAGGUUAAGUUGCACUCUAAUUUUAAAGCAGGAAAUUAUAUACACAAGAGAAGCUUGCCAUGUUCUUACCUAAGCCUGUAAUAAGACUAAAGACCUACUGAGGCAGAAUUUUUACUUUGUUGGUAGUUUGCUUAUUCUUAAACAUUUGGCACAGCUCUUAAGGAAUCAAAUGUGAAAUGGAUGGAGGCUCCAAUACAAAUCCUGGCUCGUAUGAAGGGGAUGGUUUGGGGGUUUUUUGUUUGCCUUUUUCCAUCUCAAGGUCCAGUGAUCUGCUGACAGUCCUUGCAAUAUCCUUGGGAGUUCAGUUCAGAUUAUUUCUUUAAUUACAUUUUUAAACCUCUCAGUGUAGAGAAGGAGAAAAAUCAUCAAGUGAUGUCACUGAAACAUAAUAGCAAUUUUAUCACAACACACAUCGAGAAACUUUCAUUAAACUAUUUUACCCAAGUACAAAUCUUACUACCCCAGCUGGGAGUUUUACCUGAGACAAAGUCUGCAACAUUGAGAUGUGGCUCAAACCACUAUAAACCAGAGUAAUUUUCACACAUUCAAACACCCCAUAUUCUGACACCACUAAGUGCUACACAUCUCCCUAUCUCCUACCUCCCAAGCUUUUUACAAUACUUCAGUAACAACCAUGUUCUCAAGCAAAGCAAAUUCAUCUGGUCUAUUUAUGUUUGCCUUGUGCUGGUAUUACAUUGCCUAUGUUUCUAGAGGGUUUUUUUGAUGUUUUUGGUUUUUUUAAAAAAUCCAUGUAUAAACCUUAAAAAAUAAGUAUUUUGUUAGCUGUCCAGAGACAUCACUAUGAAUGUUUUGGUAAGAGCAUAAUUAGCUGCCUUGAAAAGUUUUCUUUCUUUUUUUUUUUUUUUUUUUACAUGCUAUAUAUUUUUAUGUAAUAUCCAGCACCAGGUAUUCAGGUAGUACUGGUUUGUCAGCUGCAAAUAUAAAGUAUAUAUGUAUAUAUAUAUAUACACACAUAAAA